AUGAGCUGCUACACAGUUUCGUUGCCAGGACCUGGGCCCUGGGGCUUCAGGCUACAGGGGGGAAAGGACUUCAAUAUGCCCCUCACUAUCUCCAGGAUCACCCCAGGGAGCAAAGCAGCCAUGGGAAACCUCAUUCAGGGGGACGUAAUUGUGGCCAUAGAUGGAGUGAGCACUGAUGGCAUGACUCACCUGGAGGCUCAGAACAAGAUCAAGAUGGCCAACUACAACCUGGCGCUCACCAUGUCCAAGUCCAAGCGUCCUGUUCAGUUGGCUGCACCGAGGAUGGACUCUAUUUCCCUGAUUCCUCACCAACAGUCCAGCAGGGCAGCUCAGGGCAGAUUUAUUGCCCCCUUCUGCCCCGGAGGCCUGAAGGACCCCGCCCACAAGCCCAUCGAGGUGACCGGGCCGGGGGGCAAGGCCACUAUCAUCCACGCCCAGUACAACACCCCCAUCAGCAUGUACUCCCAGGACUCCAUCAUGGACGCCAUCGCAGGCCAGACCCAGGCCAAGGGGCAGGACAUGGGUAUAGCACCCCUUGUAGAGAGCGUAGUAGACAGCAGCUCCGCGGUGUACCAGGCGGUGCUGAAUGCAGACAGGGACCCCGAGCAGAGAGAGUGGGGCCGGCGCACCUCCAUGCCCCAGUCCAGAAGCUUCCAGGCCCUGGUGCACCUCACAGGGACUGACUCAGUGGGCGAUGAGGAGGAGCUGCAAAGGAGCAGAUCUCACCACCUCCACCACCUCCACUUCCUCCACCAUCAUCACCCCCUCCUCUGCCUGAUCACUCCACCAACCACCCCCUCACCAUGCCCCCAGUCUGAGCCUGUCCGCACAGCCUCACUGUCACUGGGUCUGAAUUAA